AACUAUAGAAAAUGGAUAGCACUCUUGGCACAAAAGGUGGGAGAGGAGAGAAGAUGUUGUCAAUCAUUGGAAUAAAGCUGAAAAAUAAUACUGCUAUUAAGCAACGAGACCCACAACAAAGUGAACAGUGGAAAGCUUCUAUUUUAACUGCUGUCUCAAUCCCCCAGUUAGACGGCACUGCAAUUCCAUCUUCUGAAACCUGUGAAACGUUUACGCAAGUGCUUCACAGUGGAUCAACUAUAGACACAAAAGAUAAACCAUCUUUCCACGCUUUGAAAGAAAAUGCAGGUCACACGUUUGAUAGGAAUAAACAAUAUUCCACUAUUCUAAGUGCUAACGAUAAUAUUUACGUUAAUGUUCAAAAUGAUUAAA